UUGGGUCAACCGCUCCGAAAUGCUUCAGUGCGUUCGCUGCUGUCACUUUUGUUGCCCUGUCCUAACCUACGAACAUUGAGAAAGUAAAGAAUAAAUAAGAACAGGAUUCAACAAAUUUUAGUAAAUUAAAAGUUCACUGGUGAAGAUAUUUAUCAUGAUGUCGCGAUCGGUGAGAGCAGAGACUCGGAGUCGUGCCAAAGAUGAUAUUAAACGUGUCAUGCAGGUCGUCGACAAGGUUCGGCAUUGGGAGAAAAAGUGGGUGACAAUAGGAGAGACGACGAUGAAAAUAUACAAAUGGGUGCCCAUUUCCACACUGGAACAGAAGAAAAAAUCCAAAUCACUUGCUGAAAAAGAAAAUGGCAUACCUAGGAAAGGCAUCGACUCUUCAAACUCCAAUUUUGGUCUCACAGAAGAUUCUAAUACUUGUUUUUCUACAGUCAGUGACUCUCAAGGAAUCACCGAUUUCUCAACACAUUUAAAUUUCUCUGAAGACUCGAAUUCGCAAAACAGUGAACCAACGCCAAAAGUACUCAAGACUGACUAAAUCGAUGUUUGUAUAAAUACCAGGAUUUAUAUAUUCUAUUAAAUAAAAAUGCAGAUUGAAAUACACAAUUUUAUUCGUGACGAGAUGUCAGUAAAAACGCAUAGAAUUUUAGACACAAAAUCAACUGAAUCGUCGAAAGCAAAUGACAGGUGUCGACUUCAAUGUUUUCUCAACUUGAGACUUUACUUCGUGCUUCGUUUGAAAAUAACUGGGAUUAAUUGUGAAUUUACACAUGUGUAAACAAUGACGUGAACUUUCAGUGUUCAAGGAAUAAUAAUUGUAUUGUAGGAUAUUUUUUUCUAUUCCCGAAAUUGAAAGACGUUCUCUUGAUUUCAUAUAAUUGAUUAAUAAAAUUGUAAAAAAUAAAUACAUCAUUUUUUUCCAAAACGUC